AAGAAGUGGAAGUGGUAGGGAUGACAUAUAUGUAUCACAUUGGUACUUAUAUAAUGUCAUCGAUGGGUUUAUGAGGCGCUGUCCUCAAACAAAUGAAGAAACCAUCAACAACAUAUCACCAGCUUUACCAGCAGAAGACCAACCAGAAGAUGUUCAGCCUCUUUAUGCUGAGGCAGUAGAGUUUUCCUGUCCCAGUGACAGUGAAGUAUUUCUUCCUGGGCCUGCAUCAGCAUCAUCAGCAUCAUCAUCAUCAGCAUCAUCACAAUUACCAGUGGAAACUUCAGAGAGCAGCAUUUCACAUUUAAAACAUGGCAGAAAAAGUGAUCCACAAAUGGAAGAAUUAUUGGCAGUAUUUAGAAUGUCUGCUGAAGCCAUGCAGCAAGCAAAUGCUGCAAUACAAAAAAACAAAUCGCAUAUAAAACCGUUCUGCGAGUUUGUUGAAAGCAUGCUGGCCAAAAUGAGCAGCAAAAAUCAAAGAACGGCAAUGAAAAAAAUUCAGGACAUUCUUUUCGAGAUCGAUGCCGUGAAUGAUGAAGAGAAUCAGUAAAUUACAUAAUGAAUUCAAUAGAUCAAUGUAAUUUAUUUAAUUAAUUUUGCUAUAUUAAUAAAUUUUUUUUGAAAACCUAUAUUUGUUACAAUGUCUUUAAAACACAAGAGUAAUAAAAAUAAUUCUUUAUUGAACCUUAGUAAUAAAAAUAUGAUAGUCUAUUGCCUAUGGCAAGAUCCAGUGGUACAUAGAUA